GAAAAUUCACACAGACAAACGACGGCGAGAAAAAGAGCGAGGGAAAAGUCGAGAGGGGAGCGCCAGCAAAGAGCCAGAUGAAAAAGUUGGACACUGAGGAGGCAGCCAACCGAAGACCAGAAUAUACGCUUUAAAUUAUGCCGCUUCACAAAUCAUCCCGGGCCCCUCGCCUGGACCCUACCAUGAUCUCAGCGCCACUGGGUGACUUUCGCCACACCAUGCACAUUGGAAGGGGAGGUGAUGCCUUUGGGGACACCUCCUUCCUGUCCACUCUUGGCCCGAGUCCGGCCAGCCCCGACCAGGGGAGUCCGGGGGACAUGGCAGCUGCUGAUCCUGAGGUGGCAGUCAACCACAGUGAUCUUCAUACAGAUCCUCCAGGAAGCCCACAGAACAAUGAGCUUCAGCACUCUGAGUCGGUGUCUUCAUUCACCCUGGACCUGGACCUGGAUCUGGGCCCAUCUAUGCUGGGAGAUGUAUUAGGAGUGAUGGACGGAUUGGGACUUGACUCCAAUGAGGAGAAUGCGCUCAGCUCCAAAAGCGGCAUAUCAUCGGUGGAAACGAGGCAGGGAAAAGGGGCCAUGGAGAUGUCUGUUAACAUGCAGAACGAGCUGAAUGGGAAGAACUUGGUUGGGUUGGAUGGAAACCAGGUGGGAGACGGCAGGAUACCAGAUGGGAAUGGGAUCAAGCCAAAGGGGUUAAAACCAAAAGUGAGAUUCAGUGACAAAAGAGAGGAGAUCAUUCGCCAGGCAUCUGAAGAGGAAGAAGGUCAAGGAUUUGACUUCCAGGAUGAGAAUCAGCUGGUGUGUCAAAAUCCAACGAGGGCUGAGAGUGGGAGGGACGAGAGCCAAGUAGGAGAAGGUGAAACUGAGUUCACCAAUCACAAAGUAGAUUUGCCACCUAGUCCUGCCUCAUCACAUAGCUCAGAGUAUGAAGGAGUCACUCCAUUGGACAGGAGGAGGGUCGACAGCUGCCACUCAGAGACUGAUUCAGAGGAGGAGGAGGAGGAGGAGGAGGAGGAGGGGGAAGUAGGAAGAGGCUACACAUUUGAAGAUGAGUUUGAUGAUGAAAUUGGUCUAUAGGGGAUAGGUAUGAUUUUCCCAUGAAAACAGAUCUUUGCUGUUGAGUAAAUCAAGGAUACUGUAUUUUCCUUAACUCGUCAUUUCAUUAGCAUUCAUGGGAGGCUUAAGCAGAAUACAUCUGAAAACAAACUGGAUUUUUCAAGACACAGAGGUAUAUGGUUAAGACGAUGUUGCUCAACUGGAAAAGACAUUUUAUGUUUUUAUCUACAAGGGUAACAGAUUUGCCAAAGACUGCCAUUUUGAUCAGAAAAAGCAAAAUGUCAUUUAGGUUAUUACAGUGAAAAGUCUGUAGCACUUUGAUUUAUUUCAUUCACCUGGAAGCUUUGCUAUGAAACUGAAAGUUUGAUUCAGACUAAAUGAAUGAUGCUUGCAUUGUCAAUUUUUUACUAUGUCUUAUAUUUACCAUCUUAAGCGCACACAACAGGCGUUGUGUUUACUGAGCUUUAUGUUAUAGUGGAGCUGUACUUACAUUAUUGUACCCUGUGCUAUACCAAUGUCUUAUUAGUUUUUUUCUCGUAUUGCAUGUUUAUUACAGUCUCCAUGUCUUCUCUUGAUGUUUAAUACAUUUGAAAAGCUUUACAAAGAGUCCCCAGAGACACUGUCAGAAAAUAAAAAAUGAUCCUGUGUAUUAUGAAUUACUGUGAAUCUGUCACAUUCCUAAUCUGACAGUUUCUCUGGUUUAGACCGAAUCAAAUUUGUUCUCAGAAUGCAGUUGUUUUGUAUGUUUUCACACCUACCGAAGUUUCUUGGGGCUGCGGGGCAGGACUGAUACUUAAAUGCUAAGACAAUCAUGGGAUUUAAAGGACAAAUUGUAAAUCAAGACCAGUGGUGUAUUUUUGUACAUGCUUUUUUGCUUGUAUAAUGCUUGUUUUUAAAAGUGUUUUAUUUCAUAAUGCUGUAAAAGGGAGAGUUCAUCAUGCUCAUCUGUUGAAAAUGCUGGUUUAAACACGUUAACCUGUUGUUACAGUGAAAACAAUAAAACUAUUGGGAUUUUAAAAUUA